AUGGCCAUUGACUUACAGCAGAAAGGAACCGUCGGCUGCUGCUACUACGUAGCGCGGGACGAGAAGCUCUACUUUAUGGAGGACAUGAAGCUCGGAGGAAUUGCAGCCAUUGAUGCUCUGAGGGUCUACAUUGACCCGACGGUCGUUCUCGUCUCGACUAAGAUAGACGACGCUGUCAUCGAGGCUCUUGAAAAUCUGGCAGAAGAUCGAUUCUCACUUCCGUUUCUUCUGGAAGUUCGGCCACCUGGCGAAUUUUCUUUCGAUACAGCCGUGGGUAAACUCGCUACUUUGAGAUACGAAGACGUUGGUGCAUCACAGAUGAACUUCGUCGUACCUGGAGAUCUCAAUUUGCUCAGAGAUGAAAGCUUAGAGAACGCACCUGGGCAGCAAGGACGACUCCUUCGUCUCGCUGGGCUAGUCGACAUGGAGAGUCGGCUAACGGUCGGUUGUGCUGGCGCACUGCUGUCCUACUUACAACGAAGGCGCGCUUCUGCCUAUCUUCCGGGAGAUCAUGCAGCGUACGAGAUGUUCCGUAUCUCUUCACUAGAGAUGUUCAGUGUCAAGGACACUAUGUUCAUCAAUUCUGACACCCUUCAUUCACUUCAGAUCAUGGAAGACGAGUCGCAUCCCAAUUCGCACAACCAAGGCCCAACAAAAGCAUCCUCAGGAUGUAAAGAAGGCUUAUCAAUAUUCGGCCUGUUCCAUCAUUUAGCGCGCACGCCACAAGGAAAGCACCUGCUGCGGCAGUCGUUCCUCCGCCCCAGCUUGAACCUGGACGCCAUUCAUGAGCGCCUUGAUACUAUCCAUACUUUCCUCCGCCCUGAAAAUUCGGCCCCUUUCGAUGCGAUAGUGAACAGCCUGAAAUCUACUGGCAACAUGCGUACAACCCUGAUCAGCCUAAGGAAAGGGACCAUUGCUGGAGCUGGAAAGAACGGCAAGAGUACUUCGAGCAGUCUCUGGGUGAGCAUCCGACGGUUUGCGUUUCACGCGCUCAAGAUCAAGGAGUCAUUCCAGGAAAUAAUCGGCGGCGACCGUCUAGCUAUCAGAACUAGAAUACUUGAAAAGUUCGACGGAUAUCAUCUGGCGCAGGUCGGCAGAAAAAUCAGUGACACGAUUGAUUUCGAUAAGUCUGCCGAGGAACUUCGCAGUGUCGUACUGGAAGGCGUUGAUGAGGAACUCGACAACAUGAAGCGCACCUUCGCUGGACUAGACGAUCUACUGGGAACCGUUGCACGUAGUCUAUCAGAGAAGCUACCAGCAACAUUUCAAGGCUCACUCAAUGUUCUCUACUUUCCUCAAAUUGGGUUUCUUAUCACGGUGCCUCUCGAUCGUACGACAGGCGAAGCUGUGUAUGAUGGCAGCUUUGACAAUCCUUGGGAGCGUAUGUUCUCAACCGAAGAUCAAGUCUACUUCAAGAAUAGUCAAAUGCGAGAGAUGGAUGGCCACUUCGGUGAUCUAUAUGGAAUCAUCUCGGAUCGCGAGAUUGAGAUCAGUCAUGAGCUAUCACAAUACGUGCUUGAAUACGAAGAAUUACUCACGGCUGCUUCAGACGUUUGUGGUGAGCUAGACAGCAUUCUCGCACUGGCACAAGGGGCCCGACUGUACAAACUCUGUCGACCGAGAGUCUCUCACGACAAUACAAUCCGAAUAAAAGGCGGCCGGCACAUACUCCAAGAGCUUAAUGUCUCUUCUUUUGUACCUAAUGACACUAUGCUGGUUGGGGGUGCCAACUUCGACCCAGGAAACGAAAGCAACAUCCCAGAUAGCUCAUCUGUUCACCACACUGACACUCACAAAACCGGACCAAGUAUGCUCAUUCUCACUGGUCCAAACUAUUCCGGGAAGAGCGUCUACCUGAAGCAGGUCGCUUUGAUUGUGUACAUGGCACACAUCGGCAGCUACGUACCGGCAGAAAGCGCGAGGAUAGGUCUCACGGACAGAAUAUUAUCUCGCGUUACAACUCGGGAGACCGUGUCCCGAACACAGAGCGCUUUCAUGAUUGAUCUUCAGCAGAUUUCCCAAGCAUUGAGCCUAGCUACACCGAGGAGCCUGCUAAUCAUUGACGAGUUCGGAAAAGGAACAGAUUCGAGUGAUGGCGCGGGGUUGGCUUGUGCUGUAUUCAGUUACCUCAUUGGCCUGGGUCACGAUAGCCCGAAAGUUAUUGGCGCAACUCAUUUCCAUGAGAUAUUUGAGAAUGGACUGCUCAAAGCAAGCCCCUCGCUCGCGCUCGGCCAUAUGCAGGUGCAGAUCGACGAACAAGCCUCCGAGCUCGAUGACCAGAUUACGUAUCUCUAUAAUCUCUGUGAAGGCCGUAGUAACUCAAGCUUCGGCACUUGCUGCGCAGCCAUGAAUGGGGUUCCAAAGGAAAUCAUACAGCGUGCAGAUGAAUUUAUAGUGCUAGCCCUGAAGGGCAAGGAUCUCAUUGCUUCCUGUUCAGUAACGCCGCAGUCAGAGGCACAAGAGCUCGAAGAGGCGGAACAGAUCGCACGCGAAUUCUUGGAGGCGGACAUUUUCACAGAACCUAAAAGGGCACUGAGCGACAUACUUACCAUAUUUGGCACAGCGGAGUCACGGUCUUUGAGUCAAAAGUAA